CACCAAUGAAAUUUGUUGAUUCGUCUGAUGUUCGUCUGCAUGUCCGCACACGUGAGAGUAGUGGAGAAACAGAGAUAAAAAAAAGCUUGGAGUUUUCCCGAAAUUAUCCGUGUGUCAAUAGGGCGUACCCCUGCGAUGUCGUUACGUGUUUUUCCUUCGUUAUUCAAUCGUGCUCAGCGCUAUAUAGGGUGUCGUCCUGUGUUGUUUAUGUGUGCGCGCAAAAGUAUACAUGUCCACGCAGCUUCCGAGAGUCCGAUCCGACCAGCGACUUCUGUGGCAGUGGGCUCAAGGUGGGAAAGAAUAAAGGCACGCCUGAAAUGGCAAUUUGUAACUCAAGAAGAAACCAGAAUAGGGUCGGUUUUCAUCUACGAGAGCUGUGUGGACAAGGUGGACUACAGAACAUUCUUCUCUUAUUUCAAGCUUCAGGACACCUUCUUAUCGUGGUUUCUUGUCGUGGAGCUUCACGUGUGGAUGUGCAUGACGCGCGCUAUGGCAGAACUAGACGACCGCAGAGCACUUUGCUUGCAGCACGAGCUUCCUCGUAACCUCUGGAAUGAUACGGAGAAACGUAUAGGAAAAAUUGGGUAUAUGCCAACAAAACUAAAGAGAGAAUCCUUAGCGGACCUCAGCGACCACUUCAAUGCCAUGCUGUUGCUUUAUGACGAGGGUCUCCAGGGAGAUGACAAGGCACUUGCUAGCGCCCUUUGGCGUGUUUUUCUCAUGUGUGAAGGUAGAGAUCCUGUGGCACUAGAAACACUUGUGCAUUACGUCCGAAAACAGAUUCAUAUGCUCGACAACAUGACACUGGAUCAAUUUAUAGCAGAACACAGCAUAAGCUGGACUCCUCUGUUGGACUGUGAGAGCAAAAAACUGUACUAGUGCCUGAAGCUCCACAGUGCAUCAGGAAUGUGCAUGCCAGCGUGUGUGGGAUAGUGUAUAUAAUAAAAUAGGUAAUGCGUGCCCAAA